UUAUGGGGAAGGAAGAAAGGAAAAAAACUAAUUGAGAAGUUUCGGUUUUGAAACUUCAGCCCCACUUCUUUCCCUUUCUCAAGAAAGGAUAUUUGACAUUUCAUCCAUCUGGGACUGGGGUCCGGCAUAGAUUUUUCCACAUUAAUGGCGAUUACCACCAAAUGCACUUGCAAAUUAAUUUCAACUCUCCCCUGGAGCAGAAAAUUGAAACUCCAGAGGAAAACCAACCCUCGGGUCCCACAAAACAGAGACGACCCUGUUUUUGAGAUGGAUGGAAGGAAGAAAACCUGCCGGAAAUUUUUUUCAACAACCAAAACGUGGCUUACAUCUACUCAACCUCUCCCAUGAAUUGCUAAGUUGAAACUUGAAACUCCACCACCACCAUUACCAUUGCUCCAUUAAGCUCCCCCACUACUUUGGUUUCUUCAAGUUUUUCCCAUGCCCACUUCCUUUUUCCCCUUCUCCCCUGUUUCCCUCCAUUAGAGACUGUCAUCUGCUUGGCUAAACCCUUUCUUGAUCUUAAGCCUGUACUGGUUGGAUUGUUGAAGCUCAUCAUUUCAUCGUUGGAUCCAUUCCCUUCUGUUCUUUGGUCGGGUAAAAAGCUAUGGUCUUUGUACCCAUUUACCAUUAUUAUUAUACAACUCAGAACAAGGCGUAAAGUUUCCAACUUUUCCCCUUCCUAGCAUAGCAAGCCUGCGUUUUAUCUUCUCUCUUUUCUACUCGGUUUUUUUUUUGGCUUUUACUUUUCAGGCUGGAUAUCUGUCACCCGGGUUUCAUUAGAUUUAGUUUAAUGGUGCUUGUGAGGCUUCUGUAAAGAAAGAGGCUUUCUCUGUCCAUCUCUCUCUUUCUCUCUUAUGCUUGUUGCUUUUCUUCCCUUGUACUGUCUUCAUCUCUCCAACCCCAUUUCCCAAGCUUGCCUGCAUUCCAUUUCUUCUCCAGCCCUGCAAUCUUGUUUCUUUAUAGGAAGUUUCAAUUUUGACGCCAAAGGAAGUGAAUUUACUUGUUGGGGAGGUUGAGUGGUGUGGGGUUGAAGUGACUGAGCUGGAUUCAACAGAAGGACUAGCUUGACCCGGUUCUGCCCUUUUGUCCUUGGGCAUUAAGUGCUUGCUUCCUCAUAUUCCGAGGAUUCCAUUCCAUGAAAAUCUUCCUGCAUCUCUGAGAAACUUCUCUUCCAUGUCAGUUAUUUAAUUUUCUUUUGCACUAUUUAUGUUGUUUGUUUUUGGUAUUGCAUUCCACUUGGUUCAGUGUUUUGAUGCCCAUUUCCAUUUUCACCCGGCUGGAGUAGCUUUCGCUUCGCCACCUAUUUUCCCCUUGUUUGUCGAUAUUUCCAAGUAUAUUGUGUAUUGGAGAAAUGCUGGCUGCUUCCUUUCUUGCAUUAUCCUUCUAUGGUCUAUUCCUCUUUACAUUGAUGCUUUGCGCGUUUUAGAUGUCUUAAUUUACCUCAUUUUUCUGUUUCAGCUAAGCAACAAAGCAAACUGUUCAAUAGGGGAAAGUAGGUUGGUAAAGGCGUAGUUGCAGUAGCAAACUGGCAAUGAGCUUCAAUGUUAUCAGGUAACAGGUGUUUGAUUUUUUUUCCCCAUCUGUUUUCCUUUACCCUUUUUCUAUUGUUGUUUCUGUAGUUUGUUUGUUAUUCAUUCAUUAAUGUCUUUCCUUGUCUUUUGUUCAAUUCAAUGUGUUGUGCUUAUCUUAUACCACAUGUUUGUGUACAGAUUUGAUUGACAAAUGAUGUUCAAGUAGCUGGAUGGAGAAGAAAGGAAACAAAGUUAUCAGCAAUUAAUGUGCUUUCCUGGAGCUUAGUUGCUAUGGAGAAAACAGUUUCUGAUUCAUUGAAUAGCUUCAGUGAUGAGAAAGAAUUAUCAUGUGAGAAUGUGUUGGCACGUCCAGAAUCCACAACAUCAAGGAGAGUGGUGAGAAGGGUUAAUUCCAAGAACUCCCUCGUUUCCAGAAAACUGCAGAAAAGUAAAAGCUGGAUCAAGGAUUCACUCCUCCACAGAAUCCACAUCAUUGAUGAUUGGAUUCCAAAGCAUGUGGUGACUGUAGAUGAGAAACAUCUUCGUCGUUGCCUCGAUUUGAUUAAUGCCAGUGCUUCUUCUAGGACAGCUUCUUGCAGCAUUUCUAUUGCUUCAUCUUGGGGAAGCAUGGAUGUGUUGUCUGAUGGCCUGAGCUCUGUUAAAGUCGGUAGUGACUAUAGAUUUGAUCUCAAUUGUGCAUUGGAUACUGGAGGUGGCAGUUUGGUUGCUACCCCUGCAGGUGACUGGAUCGUUGGCUCAAUCAUGGGUAGCAAGAGUAUGGUUAAUUUGCUGCAAAGCCCCUUAUUGCGCCAGUAUGGUGCAUUUAACACCAACGAUGUCAAUUUCAGGGAUGGCAGUUUCGCUGACGUUAAAGGAUCGAGCUCGCCUGGUGGGUUGAGUAGUUAUUCGUCGUCUCGGACAGACAUUGAAUCGACAUUUCCUUUAAACUACAGAAAUGUUUCAGAGAAUUCACAUGAAAGGCUCUUUUCUAUAUCGAGUACAAACUCUUCAUGUUCUGACCAGUCUUCUUUGUCUUCAUCGGGUGCUGUAACUCAGGGAAUGCUCCAGUUCACAUUGAAGAAUGGGAACCCUCAUUUUGUUUUCUCCGUAGAUGAUCAAAAGGUGGUCUAUGUGGCCAGCUUGUGGAAGGCUAAAUCAAGGGGUGAUGAUAAGAAGAGUCUUGAUGACUAUACCUACUUGUUUCAUUCCAGAACAAGUGGUCAAGAAGAGGACCAUGACACCACUCAUCAUGGGCUUGAUUCUCAUCUUGUUGGUAAGAUGGUGGUAUCGACUUCUUUUAGCAUCUCUGAGAACAAUUAUAGAAGAACCAUGGUGAGAGAGUUUGUUUUAUUUGGUGGAAAUGAAAGUUUUAUGGAAGUGCAAGCUUCGAAGCUUGAACUGAGAAAGAACAGGAGAUUGUCCAGGAAGGUUUCAGAAGUGUUUAGGAAGAAGAGAAGUUUGUCUAAAUUUGGGGGAUCAUCAGGUACCAUAUUAGAGAACAGUGUUUGGGGGCCAUUACAAGAGACAGCAGAUUACAGCAUUGAUUCACUUGGUGGUUCUGAUUUGAUACAUAAACAUCUUCCAUCGAACUUCGAGUUGACUGCCAUUGUUGUGAAAGAAGGUGUUCCUGAAAUCUGUCAAGCGAAAGUUGGAGGAGGAUGGGGCUUAAAGUUCCUCCAGAAAGCAAGUGACAAGAAGCAACAUAGUGAUGAUACAGAACCAUCAUCGACUGCUUCUGCUUCUUGUACCCGGGAUGCUGGUGACUGCUCAACUAGCAUGGAUAUUAUACUUCCAGCUGGAUUACAUGGUGGACCAAGGACUAGGAAUGGAGGUCCUUCCAGUCUUGUAGAUAGAUGGAGAUCGGGUGGAUGCUGUGAUUGUGGAGGCUGGGACUUGGGAUGCCCAUUAACUGUACUUAAAGGCAAAUCAAGCAAUAAAGAUCUUUUGUUGCCUGCAGAUGGUCACAGGGAAUGCAGAUUGAUUGAUUUGUUCAUCCAGGGUCCAGAGAACAGUGCACCUCCGUUGAGAAUGAUCAAUGUACAUGAUGGCCUCUAUUUUGUUCAUUUCCAGUCCACACUAUCAGCUCUGCAGUCUUUCUCAAUUGCAGUGGCUUUUAUCCAUUCACAGAGUCCCGUCUUGCGGCCCAAAAGUGUACAUGGAGCAUGACCUGUGUUCUCGAGGUCUAUGUAGUUGUUGUAAACUCUCUUACUGUGUCACAGCAUUUCAUUAAGUCAGAUUACUAAGUCAUUAUACAUCCUUAAGUUUCUAAGUUUUUCUGCUUUCCAUCUUAUCUAAUGAUUCUGUACGGGGUAUUAGAUCGCCUAGAAUGAGGUUGUUUCUUUUAUAUAUUCUCAGAUUUGCUUGUCGUUUGCUUGUGAUUUGAGACUGCUUGUCCACUGAUAUUCUAGUAGAAGUGAAGUUCCUGUAACCUACUUAGCAUAUUGAUUGUAUGUAUAUUUCUCCAUCAAUGAAAGAAGUAUAAGUUUGUGGCUGAAAUGCGCAAUUCUUUGUGUCGUUAGAAUGAUCAGAAUUGUCAUCUCAUCUUUCUGGGAAGGCUUGCGAAUUGUCACCCUGUGUCGUUAGUAUUGCUUCUCUAUCAUUUAUCGGGAUCCUGGUUCUUUCUCUCCUUUCCAUGAGUGUGAAACUUUCUGCAGCAUGUGAAAGGUUGUGACCCUUGACAGCUGAAUGUUCUGGAGUUGGUACUUGCAUCGAUUGGUUGUGCGAAGUCUACUACUGGUAAAGAUUCCGAGUUGAACCUUCAAGUUUCCUUAUUCUACAGAAGAAGGCUUUCAUGGAAGGAACGUGUUGCUGGGAAUUCAAUCAAUCCAUUCCGUGGUGCGUUUCUGCUCGCACAGAAGUUGACCCUGGUGCUGUCCAGCUAGAUGAUCACCUCUGGUGGUGGCUGCUUGAUGAACAUUUCAGAAUGUGAAGCCACGUUGUGUCUGCACUGGUCAAUGGUCAAGUUUUGAGAACAAAUUGCUGAGUUUCAU